AUGUACGUUUUGGCCAGCGAGCGGUGGUCUGAAGCAAUAGUCAAGCACAUGCCUAUAAUCAUUCAGCAUUCAUCAGCCAUGGUAAGGGCUGCAUCAAUUACCUGUUUCGCAGGAAUGACUUCUUCAGUCUUCUUUUCUCUGCCAAAAGACAAAUGGGAUUUUUCUAUCAAAUCUUCCAUUGAUGCUGUUCUAAGCGACGGUCCUUCAGUUAGAUCAGCUGAUUGUCGUGCAAUUGGUGUUAUUGCAUAUUUUCUGCAAAUAUUUCAUAGCAGAGAGAUCCUUGAAAAGUUUAUCCAGGCUGCUAGAGCUGUUUUCGUCUCUACCCCGUACUUCUCAAGAACGGUCUCGAAUUCACCCGGCCAGAGUAUGGAUUUGUUUAGUGGGAGUGAAAAUAGUGCCAAUAAUAAUAUUCUAGUGGCACAUUGA